CCGGAGAUAGCAGUGUAAUGUCGGUUAUUGAUAGAGCAAGACUAUGGCAGGAGGAGCGAAGAUUAGAAGAACUGGGCAAGAAUAAGAGUGGAUUUGUAGAUCAUGAUUUGAUUGCACACGGUGAUGAGUUAGUUCCAGUAGAGGAGAGAGUUCGAGCUUUCAACACUGGACAAGUUUUGGAGGAAAAUGAGGCAGCAAAGAAGAGAUUUGAUGAAGAAUUUGAGGAGGAACGCAACCGUAGAAUUCGGGAGCAGUCUUUUCCUGCUGAUGCUAAACCACAAACCAUCAUACGAUUGGUGAAUAGACAACAAUAUCCACGCACUCAAACACCAGGUCCUAUGCCCUCCCAAGACUCUCUAGGUGAUACCUUAUCAAAAUUAACAGUGAAGGAGAAGAGCAGUAUAUUUACAAAACGUUCAGGAGGAGGUCGACCAAUCAAAAUGGAUCGGACAGCCAUGCAACGCAGAAAAACACAACCCAUCACCCUCGAUGAUAUUGCCCGUGUCAAUCAAUGCAUUCUCCAAGGUAGCGGAAUUCCUUCAGGUUCGUUGUACAUGUUAUUAAUUCGACUUGAAGACAGAAAGCAGUUUCUUGUUUGCUUGUGGAAGUAUGCAUGGAAUUAUCGAAAACUCAUAUGA